CCACGCUUCCAGUGGUAUCUCUUUAACAUCGACUUCAUAGUUAUUAUAGAGAACAUUAAAAUGAUCCAUAGUUGAUACAAUGUGCAAAUACACCAGAAUGAGAAGGAAUGACAACCUGCCAGACUAAACCCAGGGAUAAAAUAUCAUCCCGUCCCAGUUCUGCGUGUUUUCCCGCCGCGGUGUGUUCACUAAGCAACCGAGACGGUUCAGCAACAAGAAAGGGAAGAGGACGGAGCUGCUGAAUGGAAGUGCUAUGAACAGCUGUGCCAGUCUGAAGUUCAUUCUGAUCGAACCAGUCUGAGGAUAUGGAUGGUGGAACUACAGAUGUCCAGGCAGAGCUGGACUCUGUUGAGGCUGAACUGGAGUUGGUGGAGCUGCAGAUCGCAGAGCUCCUGCAGAAGCAGACUGAGUUGACCUCUCGGAAAAAUGCACUGCUGCGGCAGGUGGAGGAGGCCUGCAAUGCUGCAAAGCCAUCAUCCUCUUCAUCUGUGCCUUCCUCAAAGUCGCCUGGAGCUAAUCUAGUAAUGAGCGAGCAAGAGAUGCAGCGCUAUGAUGGGACAGACUUUCCAUGGUCCAGAGAAGUUGAGCAGCACCUAAAGGACUCGUUCCAUCUCUCCAAGUUCAGACCACUGCAGCUGAGAGCUAUUAACCUGACUAUGACAGGCAAGGAUCUGUUCCUGGUGAUGCCUACUGGAAGAGGAAAAAGUCUCUGCUACCAGCUGCCUGCAGUCUGCUCCAAGGGGUUUACACUGGUUGUCACUCCCCUGGUGUCCCUGAUGGAGGAUCAGAUCAUGUAUCUGAAGUCUAUUGAAGUGUCAGCAGUCAUGCUGAAUGCAUCCAGUAGCAAGGACCAUGCUAAGACAGUCAUGGCUGGAAUAACUGAUCCAAAGGGCCCUUUCAAGCUGGUGUACGUAACCCCAGAGAAGAUUGCCAAGAGCAAGCUGCUGAUGUCUCGUCUAGAGAAGGCCUACAAUGCAAACCUGCUCAGUCGUAUCGCUGUGGAUGAGGUGCACUGCUGCAGCCAGUGGGGUCAUGACUUCAGGCCUGAUUAUAAACUGCUGGGCAUCCUGAAGAGGCAGUUCUCUAAAGUCCCGCUGCUCGGCCUCACAGCCACAGCAACUAGCAGCGUCCUCAAGGACUGUGAGGAGAUCCUCUGUGUGCCAAAGCCAAUCACACUAACUGCCUCCUUUAAUCGAACUAAUCUGUACUAUGAGGUUCGCAUUAAAGAUUCUGACAAUGAUGCAUCAAUAAGUGACAUUGCCUCUCUGGUCAAGAGCAGGUACAAGGACCAGUCAGGGAUCGUGUAUGUGUUCUCUCAGAAGGAUGCAGAAUCAGUGGCAGCUGAACUCCAGAAGAGAGACAUCCUGGCAUAUCCCUAUCAUGCUAACAUGGACCCUGAUGACAAGUCUCAGGUUCACCGCAGAUGGACCUCCAACAAAAUCCAGGUGGUGGUAGCCACAGUGGCAUUUGGCAUGGGCAUCGACAAGCCUAACGUCAGAUUUGUUAUCCAUCACACCAUCAGCAAGUCCAUCGAGAACUACUACCAAGAGAGUGGACGUGCAGGUCGAGACGACCGUCCAGCAGACUGCAUUGUCUACUUUGGCUUUGCUGAUAUCUUCAGGAUCAGCACCAUGGUGGUAAUGGAAAAUGUUGGUCAACAGAAGCUGCUGCAGAUGGUCGACUACUGCCAGAAUGUUGACAGGUGUCGGCGAUCCCUCAUGGCGGUUCACUUUGAUGAGGUGUGGGACAAUGAAGGAUGCAGCCAGAUGUGUGAUACCUGCCGCCAUUCAAAAGUUUGUGAUCAUCUGACCCUUCUAGAUUACACCACCAUGGACAUUACACAGCAUGCCAGGGAAGUGGUGCAGAUUGUGGAGCUGGCAACAUCCAUGGAUGAGAAGCUGACCCCACUGAAGCUGGUGGAGGCUUGGAUGGGGAAAGGCCCUGCCAAGCGCAGGAAGAUGAUCCAAACCACUACGCUUCCUCGGCGCCAGGCUGAAGCCGUGGUUGUCCGCCUGCUACUGCAGGGAUAUCUCAGAGAGGAUUUUAGCUUCACUCCAUACACCACCUACUUCUACAUGAAGCUGGGCCGCAAAGUGCCUCUACUGAAGAGCCAGACUCACACACUGAACAUGAAGAUGAGGACAACAGGGACAGGAGCUGCUGUGGUAAAAGCUGCGAGUGGCCAGGGCAAAUCCAAAGAGGGAAAAAGAUCAGGUCAAAGCGCUGGAGAUGCCCCUGUGUCCAAGAAAGUCAAGACAGACCUCCCCUAGCCCCCCUGUCACCCCACCCAGAAGACGAGUUGACGAAGACACAUCAGCUGUUAAAGCCAAUGAAGAGGAGGUUCAUAUGACCUCUGUCCCCAUUGUCAUGGAGAACAGCUGUCCUUUACAGCCCAAACAGAAACUAUUUAAGGAACAGAGGAACCAGUCCAGGAAACAAGACUUGAAGCCUGUCAACCAGACAGACGGACAGACAGAGACAGGAAAAAGCCAGCUGGCCGACAGACAUAAAGAAGAAGACAAGAGGAGACCUAUCAUUUCCCAACAUGUAGUUGAGGUGGAUGUUGAAAUUAACAGAGUGCAUAACAUAGGACUAAGUGACGUUCAGAAAACACCAUCACAUCCAGUUAAACCUUGUUCUAAACAUAAAUCCACCACCCCUCAGAAAGCGAAGAGGAAGCUCCAUGCUAAUGUAGCAGCAGGUGUUCCCUCUCCAAACCCAGGCAGUUCCACCCCCACCAGCACUGUGCCCAGUUCUCCAUCCCAGGCCUCCAUCAUCUCUGACACAGCAGCUGAAGAGCUCUGUGACCUCAGAAACUACUACAGCAAGCAGCUGAAGAGAAUAAACUACAUUUCCCAUGAGUACCUGGGACAGCCAGCUGAGACAGGAGUCCUGGCUUGUAUCAGGGAGCCUCUGAAGAGCUUCCGCCUGCCUCGCAGGAUGACCAUAAGUCAGACAGCUCGCAGCUUGUGGACACGCGUCAGUGGCAGGAGGAAGCUGCUUCACCGCUGAUGCUUCCUGUUACUGUUUCGUGUUCCGUCUGUUAUCAUAGUGGAAGAAGCCACUGGAUGUAGGGCUUAAAAAUGACUGACUGGGGCCACUUGCUCCUUCUGCGGAAAAGAUACUUCAGCAAACAGAAAUGUGUACUGCACCACAUAAACCACUCUAUACAGAUAUGACCUGGAAAUGAUAAGCUGUGAAGACAAAGUGUUACAUGACUGUUUGAUGAUGGAUGCUGUAACAGCAAAAAAUCCACAGCUAUAUUGCCCUAGUCAAAUGAAAAAACAGUACCAUAAAAAUGGUAAAUUAACUAUUCGUCUUAGGAUUAUUAAAGUUGCCAAAAGUACAGAGUUAGCCUGUCAGAGCACACCCUGGAAUUUUACACAGUUUAAAAAUAGCGUAGCCUGGUAGGUGCCCUUUAGAGUCCAUUUUGAGUAGUUUACAGGUUGUUUCCUGGCUGCUUUAAUGUUUCACCAUCAUUUUGUCGGUUCCUAAACAGUCCUUUAUGUUGCCGUCUAUCAGAUGAGCAAAAACUUUCUGAAUUUCACCCUGAUCUGAUAAGAAGCAGAAUUAAAGAAGGAAAAAAAUGAGUAGAGUUUUUUUUGUUAAUGAUGUAUUUUCUGACAAGAUUUAAAUCACAGGAGGAGCAAUGAGUUUGCUGAAUACCAAGCUGUGGAGGAGGUGAAGCGUUCGCCACAGAAACUCUCUGAACCAGAUUAAAAUCAAUGAGCUGGGCAGGUCAUAUUAAAAAUUCACAACACCUCCCAAUGAGACAUGUAUUCAGUCCAAAUGGGGUUUUAGUGGCUUUAAAUGGCCUUCAAAGGAUGUGACAGAAAUCUCAUUAAAUACCUUAUAUUGUGUUGCCACUUCAAUGUGUUUCAAUAAAUACACUGUAUAUAAAGCAGACUUCUGAACCUCCA